AUGGAGCCGUUUCCUUGUGGUGAUCGUCGCCUUCCUCACCAUAUUUUUCCACCCAAAACAUAUACACUGGAUCAACUGCAGUCUCUAACAGGUGUAGUGGCGUACAAGGUUGAUAUCGAUGAUCAGAAUGCUUUAAAAAAGCGUACUUCAAGAGUUAAAGCGGAGCGCAAUGUGGUUGCAUCUGACAUUUUCACUCUUCACGAGCAUAUUCAUGAUUUUGAACAAAAAAUAAAUAAUUUUAACAAAAUGAAUGUAUUCAAGCUGGAGCAGUUUUACAAGCCAAUGAGAAAAGAAGAAGAUGUAAUAUUUCUUGUGAUGGACGGCAGUGCAUAUUAUGAUGUUGAAGUGGAAGAAGAUGACUGGAUUCGUAUCAAUGUUGAACGAGGCGAUCUUAUAGUCAUACCAAAAGGUCGAAAUCAUCGUUUCACAUUGACACCACAGGUCAUGAUUGUACAUUGA